AGCUCCCGGCAGUGGUGGGUGGAUGUGGUGAAGGAGACGUUCCGGCUCUCGGGGCUGCAGGAAGAUGGAAUGCGGACGCUGAUGGCAGAGAAGCUCUACAGUGAUUUCUGCAGCGCCCAGAACUGGGAGCUGCUGCCCGGAGCCAGCGAGACCCUGAGCCGGUGCUGCCAGCGCGGUUUCUCCAUGGGGGUCAUCUCCAACUUCGAUCCACGGCUGGAAAACAUCCUCUGCCAGUGCAACCUGCGGCACCACUUUGACUUUGUCCUCACCUCCGAGGACGUGGGCUUCGCCAAGCCGGACAGGAGGAUCUUUGAGAAAGCCCUGCACCUCGCCGGGGUCCCACCCGAGCAGGCAGCUCACGUCGGGGACGAUUACACCCGGGACUACAGCGCAGCACGAGCCGUGGGCAUGCGCAGCUUCCUGCUCCGGGCUGCUGGGCAGAGCCAGGAGCCAGAGGUGCCCCCCGAGCACGUCCUGCCCACGCUCAGCCAUCUCCUGGGUCUUAUUGAGAAGGGGUAG